GUUGUUUAACGAACUAUGUCAUUAAUUUUAGGACAUGGUGGAAUGAGUGCAGCCUCUACACCUGGAGACAGCAGGAUAGGCCUUGAACAAGGGAAAGGAACUUCUGAUAUGCCAAGAAAGCCCAAACACAUGCUAGUCAUCUCGGGAGGAGAGGGUUAUAUUGAUUUUCGUAUUGGUGAUGGAGAUGAUGAAGAAGGGGAUGCUACCGGAGAGAAGUCUCAUCAUGGACUUUCUAAAGGGGAGAGAAGCCAUCUCAUUGUUUGGCAAGUAGCCCUUGGAUAACUAUUACUGUGAAGAUAACACUAUUGUUGUAGGUCUAACAGCUUACAAGUUGGUUAUUGUUUUUUCCUAUUGGUCUGUUUGAUAUUUAUAAAACAAGAACUGAACACUGCAUGUUAAAAUGUGUAUGGCAGCAGCAACGCUUGUGAGAGUUAAUAACUGUAUAUGUAUAAAAAUACUGUAUGUACACAAAGCCAAAGGCUUGUAAGCACCUUUUGCCUGAACAAAUGGCUCAGUGAAGCUUUUGUUUAAUUUUAGUAUAUAAAAUGUACAUUCAGUUGUUUUAUGCAUCAUCUAUUAUAAGUACUUUGUUUCUGGUUCACUUCUGUAUCCUGAGUUGUAGAUAUUUUUGUUUUUAACCACAGACUUGAAAAGGGAUUGUUUUAUUGUUUACAAGAACGUUUUAUUUCAUGAUAGCAUAUGAAAGUAACAAUUUUAUUUAUAAGGAAGCUGGACUCCGGUUUGUAAGUGUAUUUAGAGGAGGUUGUACAGUUUACCAGUUCUGUUUCUUUAUAGAUCUCAUCAUAUUUAGGUUCUGUACAGAAAGACAUGUAUGUAGCCAUACUGGCCUGCUUCCUGGAAAUAAAUUUUCAUCAUUUA